UCUCUUUCUGACUCUCCCUCUCCCUCUCUCUCUCUGUCUCUCGCAGUUGAGGCUUUUUGUUGGGAAGUUUCUGUAAGUGAGUCAACACGGCACACAGGGAGGACGCCACCCAGCCCCGCCGCUGGAUCCAAUGCUGGGCUUCUCUCUUGUCCUCCGAGGAAGCAGGACACAAAGACAACUUCACUUCGACUUCUUCACAACAACCGGGGAUUUAGUUUUGACUUCGCACACACCGGGGAUGGUUAUUGUCGUUUUGACGCGGCUUUUUCCUCUUUGGAAUUAACGCAGCGGGGUUGAAAUGAAAGUGACGGUGUGUUUCGGGAGGACCCGGGUGGUCGUUCCGUGUGGAGAUGGGAAUAUAAAAGUCCAAAGCCUCAUCGAGCAGGCGGCCAUGAGGUACAAGAAGGCGAUCGCAAAGGACCCCAGCUACUGGGUCCAGGUUCACCGGUUGGAACAUGGGGAUGGAGGCAUUUUGGACCUGGAUGACAUGCUGUGCGAUGUGGUGGAUGACAAAGACAGGCUGGUAGCAGUAUAUGAAGAGCAGGAUCCUCACAAUGGAGGUGACGGUACCAGCGCCAGCUCCACGGGUACGCAAAGUCCUGAGCCCUUCGCCAGUGACGUGAGUUCGGUGUCGGCCUUUCAGCCCUACCAAGCCAGCAGUGAGAUCGAGGUCACCCCGUCUGCUCUGCGAUCCAACAUGCCUCUCCAUGUCCGUCGCAGCAGUGAUCCUUCCCUGGCCGGCCUUCCUCCGGGCGAUAUCCCUGUUGAUCCAGAGGAACCGUCCAGAAAGAACCCAGCUCGCUGGUCCACAACUGCUGGCUUCCAAAAGCACAAACACAAGCCAAACCCAAGCACCGACACCGGCAGCCUGGAACGAAAGGGUAGAGGAGGCCAUGCCUAUCGGAGUCUUCCUCGUGAUGCGAGUGGCUGGACCACUCAGUUCCAGAGAGAAAUGACUAGGUCUUCCCUGAGUGCCAACCAUCCAAUGGUGGACCGAUGGCUUGACAGACAGGAACAGGAGGAGGAGGAGGAGGAAGAAGAGCGAAGAAAACAUGAAAGGAGGAUUGAACGGAUAGAGCCAGUAGGGAGGGCAGAUUCUUCAUUGGAAUAUUCGCCUGUGUUAAGUCUAGAAAGCCUGCUCAAGCCGGUCGAGGUGUCCAACGGAGGAGGGCCCCUGGGGAUCCACGUAGUGCCUCUCAGUUCGCAGGAUGUCAGGACUCAGGGUUUGCUCGUGAAGCGCCUGGAGCGUGGGGGAAAGGCCGAGCAAGAGCGUCUCUUCCAGGAGAACGACUGCAUCGUCAAAAUAAAUCAGGGAGACAUUCGCCACUUGCGCUUUGAACAAGCCCAGACCAUUUUCAAGCAGGCGAUGCGCAGCCCAGUCAUCCUCUUCCAUGUGGUCCCCGCAGCCAUGAAGAGACAGUACGAGCUGCUGACGGCUCAGAGCGAGCUCAGCCCGCCGCAGUCCAACAGAGUCCGCUUUAGCCAGGACUCUCAGCACUCGGGGGACAGGUCCAGUCUGGUGGGGGGGCUGAUGUCAAGAUCUGGACCUCCACCAAGCCUCAACCACAACCACCAGGGACCAUUGGCUGGAAGCACCCCAGAGACGAACCGACGGUACACGUUACCCCACAACUUAGUCUCCAGGACCUCGUCAGCCCCCUCCCCUUCCCUGCAGCGCAGGAUAAGCACAAACCCAUCCAGCAGCUCCUACUUAAAGAAGAAAGGACGCAGAUUCAGCAUCCAGCUAAAGAAAGGUCCGGAGGGUCUUGGAUUUAGCAUCACAUCCAGAGAUGUCCCCAUUGGUGGCAGUGCUCCAAUAUAUGUCAAAAACAUCCUUCCUCGAGGGGCCGCCAUCCAAGAUGGUCGAUUGAAAGCAGGAGACCGGCUGCUGGAGGUUAGUGGAGUGGACCUGAACGGUAAGAGCCAGGAAGAGGUAGUGGCCCUGCUCCGAGCCACGCCCAUGGGUGGAACUGUGAAUCUGUUGGUGAUGCGCCAAGAGGACUCCCUGCUGCCUCGAGAAGUGCAGCCAGAGGAAGAUGACAUGGUGUUAACCCCUGACGGUACACAAGAGUUCAUGACCUUUGAGAUCCCUCUGAAUGACUCGGGCUCAGCAGGCCUGGGGGUCAGCGUCAAGGGCAACCGGUCCAAGGAGAACCACGCCGACUUAGGCAUCUUUGUGAAAUCCAUUAUUAAUGGAGGUGCUGCUAGCAAGGAUGGCCGUCUGCGAGUAAAUGACCAGCUCAUUGCAGUCAAUGGGGAGUCGUUGCAUGGGAUGACCAACCAGGAUGCCAUGGAAACACUGCGCACAUCCAUGUCUGUCGAAGGCAACAAGCGAGGGAUGAUUCAGCUCAUCGUCGCGCGGCAUGUGUCCAAAAACAAUGAGCAAGCCCCUGGCAGCCCUCCGGUCACAGAGCAUUCUGCAAACUCUCCACUGGACAACCAUGAGCGCCGUAUUUCCCACUCCCUGUAUGAAAGCAUUGAGGGCUUGGACAACAACCCCACAUCGCGGACUAAUAUGAUCGGACGCAUUGGUAACUACCAGCUCUCUCCGACUGUGAACAUGCCGCAGGACGACAUAGUGAUGAUCGAAGACGACAGGCCGCCCCUGCUCCCUGCCCACCUCUCCGACCAAUCAUCCUCCAGUUCCCACGAUGACAUGGGCUUUGUGGGAGAGAACCCGGUGCCCUGGAUUCACGAGCUGCCUGAUCAGAAUGAAUGCUCGCUGAGUCCAGACGCAGAUCCAGACGGCUCGUUCCAGAGGGAGGGCUUCGGCCGCCAGAGUAUGUCAGAAAAACGCACCAAACAAUAUGAAAACGCUGCUGAGCUGGAGAUUGUCAAGACACGCAAGUCCAAGAGCAUGGAUCUAGGUUCUGCAGAGAAAGAGGUCGGACCCUCACUGGGCCUGAAAAAGUCCAGCUCCCUUGAAAGCCUUCAGACGGCUGUGGCCGAGGCAUCACUGAACGGCGAGAUCAAUGUCAACAGGCCGCGCUCACGGAUCGUCAGGGGCCGCGGCUGCAAUGAGAGCUUCCGAGCUGCAAUUGACAAAUCAUAUGAGAAACCUGGAUCCACAACAGCAGAGGAAGAUAACAGCAUGGAGACAUUGGACGAGGACACUGAGGGAAGUUCCAGAUCAGGUCGCGAGUCGAUGUCCACCAGCGGCGACCUCAUCGUUGGGCCCGGGCUGAAUGGCAGCCUCUCCAAAGAUGACAGGCAGAAAGAUCGGGACAAAGCUGGGGGGAAGGAAAAGAAGAAACCUGAAAAGGAGAGGGAAAAAGACAAGGACAAGAACAAAGCCAAGAAAGGCGUGCUGAAGGGCCUGGGCGACAUGUUCAGGUUUGGAAAGCACCGGAAAGAUGAGCGGCCGGGAGACAGAAUGGAGAGGAAGGGCUCCAGUAAAUCUAAAGCCCAGGACAUGCAGGCGUCAGAGGAGGAGACCUUGCGAAUGAGGCUGGAACAAGAGAGAAUACAGGCCAAAAUGCGGGAGCUUCGGGAAAAGCAGGCAAAGGAGAGAGAAUAUGCUGAGAUUCAAGAUAUUGUCGGUGGCACAUUCAGCUCAGAUGACGAGCACACCUACGCUGGCAUCGGAUCAUUAGACUCAUCAGUGGAUAGCAGCAUGGACCCUUACAGCCACCACUACCAUCUCCCCCAGAGUCCCCAGAGCCCCCAGCUUCCCUUGAGCCCACAGGACAACGGUCCACCCCUGGAGGCUUUGUAUGCCCAGGUCAACAAGCCACGCAAUGGACGCCCUGCAGCUUCAGACAGCAGUCAGAUGGCUCCCAGCAACCACGACCGGAUACAAAGGCUGAGGCACGAGUUCCAGCAGGCCAGGCAGGAGGAUGAGCACGAGGACCACAGGCACUCCUACAGCUUCAGCCAGUCCUGGGUGAGCAACGGGACGGAGACGCCAAGCGGACGCCACUCAGUAACAGUUGACUCUCAGGUCCAGAAACAGCAGCAGGAGGACAGAGACGGUUUCCAACAGGCGCAGAGACAGUACAGCUCGCUGCCACGGCAACCGCAUAAGAACCCCAGCACGGCGUCCCAGGACUCAUGGGACAAGGUGUACCUGUCAGUGGAGGGAUUCCAAACAUCCAAGGAGAACCCUCGCUACUCAGGCAGCCAGGGAUCACGCAACGGCUACCUGGGAACGUCCAACUUCAACGCCCGCGUCCUCUUAGAGACUCAGGAGUUGCUGAGGCAGGAGCAGAGGCGCAGAGAGCAGGAGGCCAACAAGGCAAGGCCGCCUCCUGUGCAGGAAACCCCCAGCGGCAGCACCUACGACCACAGCAGAGACCACACUCAGGCCCCGGGCUCUGCCCCGGUGCCGGCCCCAUCUCAGUCCAAGGGCCCCUACAGACAAGACGUGCCCCCAUCGCCUUCUCAGCUCGCCAAGCUAAGUAGACACCAGGGUUCAGAGAAAGGGAGGCUGUUUUACUCCUGAGACUAGAACUAGAAAAACAACAUUUCUGAGAUCAGGAUUGAUUUUAAAGAGCAUUAACAGGGAAAAACACAAAGAGGGCAACAGUCUGUUUUCUUUUUAUAAAAAGCUGAGAUACAAAGAUUUUUAAGAGACUGCUGAAAAUGUUAAUAUUUGAAAAAAAAGUUUUUUUUUAAUAUGAACUAGUAUCCUUUUUAGUUGCAUCAAAAAGAAAUGAUUUUACUGUCCAGAAUCAUGAUCGUCUAACUCUGUGUACAAGUGCCUUCCAGCCCAUCGAUUGUUCACCUUUUGGUAGCCCAAUUUUUUUUUUUUUUUUGGGCUCAUGAUCUGCAGCUUUGACCCAUCCAUGUGAUACAUUCAGCAGAGCAGACAGCACAGCAUCACAUCUGACAGCAGCUCGUCCCAAACACAAUCACCCCGAGCUCCAGCAACGGCCCAGGCAUGUUUUUGCACCACUCGGGCCCCGGCGGUGACCUCAGUCGAUACCACGCUUUGUGUGAAGAAGGCUUAUUUUUGCUGUUGGUGGAGACUUUGUCAAGCACCAUGAGUUCAUCCAUAUGAACCACUUGGCUGCUGAGUGGGAGAGGAGCAGAGGAGUAGGAGGGAGAGAAGAUGGGAGGCCUGACCUUGCAGAUGAUUCAGUCAAUGGAGUAAUCACAACUAUUCCUCUGAGUCUGCACUACAAACAGGAGGUUACAAACAAGGCUACGCUCACUUCUGCUGUCUCUACUUCUUCUCCUCUUCAUUUAUCUCCUUCAUGUGGUGCUGAAUUAGACUGGGUCUUGUUUGUGUGUGUGUGUGUGUGUGUGUGUGUGUGUGUGUGUGUGUGAGGGAAGUCCAACUCUGACACAGAAGAUGUUUUAAAUGGUGUUUCAUGUGUCUCAUCAUGACCUGCGAAAGGGGUUCAAGUGCCUGCAAUAUCUCCCGAUUUUUUUCCCCUCCUCAUAUGCAAAUUUGAUAAUAUCCAAUAAUGCACGUUUAUUAUUCCCGCUGUGUAAUUAAUGUUUGUGCGCCGCCUCUGUGACACAUGGAUUCUUCCCAUAAAGCUAUUGUUUCGGGGGAAUUUUUUUUUUUUUAUCCUGGGAGAAAUGAGAAAUAUAUUAUUAUUGUUUCACUGUGUUUUUAUGAC